AUGGAGAUGCAGACCCCAAACAAGUCGACGCAACUGGAGACGAUGGACGUCGAGUUCCAUCCGCUCGAUCGUGAUGUGCCUCCACCUCAGAAAGGCACCCUUCUUGAUGAUCAUGACAUGCAGCGGAUGGGUAAAGUCCAGGAGCUCAAGACGCGCGGGUGCGUCGAUGCCCGCCUUUGGAGGCCGUCUUCGCUUCUGACAUUCCGGGAUCAGCGAAAUAUGCGCCCAAUUGCCGCCUUGAGCUUUGCAUCCAUCCUGCAGGCAACGUGGGAGUUCAUCUUGAUCUCAAACAGCCAAGGUUUAGAAAAUGGAGGUCUUUCGGGCAUGUUCUGGUCGUACAUGUGGACGUUUGUCGGCUUUGGACUGAUCAUCGCUUCGCUCUCGGAGAUGGCCUCUAUGGCACCGACGUCGGGUGGGCAGUAUCACUGGGUCUCGGAAUUCGCCUCCCCACGGCAUCAAAAAUUUCUCAGCUACGUCACGGGUUGGAUGUCCGUGUUGGCCUGGCAAGCGGGCGCAGCAUCGGGAUCCUUUUUGACAGGCACGAUCAUUCAGGGUCUCAUCAGUGUCCGAAAUCCGAAUUAUGUGCCCCAGAAUUGGCAAGGCACGUUGUUCGUGUUCGCCAUGGUUUUGGUGAUUUACAUUGCGAAUGUCUAUGCCAGUGAUUUGAUGCCGGUCUUGAGCAACCUGCUCAUGAUCCUGCACGUGCUCGCGUGGGUGGUGGUCUUGAUCGUGCUCUGGGCCAUGGCGCCUCACCAGUCCGCGAGAGCCGUGUUUGUGACCGGAUGGCAGAAUGGAGGGAAUUGGUCCACGAUGGGGUUGAGUGUGAUGAUUGGGCAAAUAUCAGCCAUCUAUGGCUCAUUGAGUUCUGAUGCAUGCGCCCACAUGUCCGAAGAGGUCAAGGACGCGGGUCGAUAUGUCCCGGUUGCCAUCGCCUGGGGCUACUUUAGUAACGGCAUCAUGGCGACGAUCCUGCUCGUCACCUUUCUGUUUGCCAUUCCCUCGGUGGAGGACGCUCUGAGCGAUGACACGGGAUUCCCGUUCAUUUACGUCUUCAAGAACGCCGUGUCCAUUGAAGGUGUCAACGGCUUGACCUCUCUCAUCCUCUUGCCAGUCAUAUUCAGCAACAUCCUCUUCAAUGCCUCUACAUCACGACAAACCUUUGCGUUUGCUCGAGACCGAGGCUUGCCCUUUUCACGCUUCAUCAGCAAAGUGGACCCGAAGCGACAGAUCCCCACAAAUGCCAUCGCCCUCUCCUGUACAGUGAGCUGUGCGCUGGCGCUCAUCAACAUUGGUUCCACGACGGCGUUCAACGCCAUCAUCUCCUUGAAUGUCGCGGCCCUCAUGUUCACAUACAUCAUUUCGAUCGGCUGCGUCAUCUACAAAAAGCUGCAUGACCCCGGGAGUCUGCCGGCGCGACAGUGGGAUAUGGGGCGAUGGGGGCUCACUGUCAACAUCAUCGCCUUGAUCUACUCCUGUUUUGCUUUGUUUUGGUCCCUCUGGCCCAGCGAGCGCAGUAUCACGGUGGAUAAUUUCAACUGGUCGGUGGUGAUCUUUGUGGCGGUCUUCUUCCUCAGUCUGUUCAUGUAUCUGGUCAAGGGACGGUUCGAAUACGACGGGCCUGCGGUGAUUGUUCAGCACUGA